CGCCUCGCGUUUCUUUCUGUUUGAAGCAGUUUGGUCACCGUUUAUGAUACAGCGCUGAAGAACAUGUUCUUGUGGAAGGUUUCUGAAAGGUUACCUGCGUCUGCUCCGUGCUUGUUUUCCUGCAGCGCGUCGCUUAACGGAUUUAUCGAGCGUGCGCUUAUACACCGUCUAGCUCGGUAAGGAGAGCGAGACAGAGAGAGAGAGAGACUGAAGCUGGCUGCGGGUCUACAGUAAACGGACUGGAGGUCAGCAGAAGAAAAGGAAAUCAAACCCGCUGUAGAAACCCUGCACACCAGCGUCUCCCGCACACUGUGACACACACGUUAGCGGAAAGCUGUUGUUUGGGUCCGUCAGCGAGUUGAAUGCCGGCGCAGAGCUGUUCAUAGAGCCUAAAAUGACCCAUGCGGUGACUCCUGACAUGUAAAUGGCUUCCAAAGUGCGCGAUGCUGUGGUGUGGUACCAGAAGAAGAUCGGUGCGUACGACCAGCAGAUUUGGGAGAAGUCUGUGGAACAAAGAGAAAUUAAGUUCAUUAGGCUGGGUCUGAGGAACAAACCAAAGAAGACAGGCCAUGUGAAGCCAGAUCUGAUAGAUGUGGAUCUAGUGAGAGGCUCUGCAUUUGCCAAGGCCAAGCCCGAGAGCCCAUGGACGUCUCUGACACGGAAGGGCAUCGUCAGGGUGGUGCUCUUCCCCUUUUUCUUCAGAUGGUGGAUCCAAGUGACCUCCAAAGCCAUCUUCCUACUGCUGCUUUCACUCUACCUGCUCCAAGUGGCUGCGGCGGUGUUGUUUUUCAGCAUCUCUCAGCCUCACGACAUCCCAGCCACUGAGGUGUUUGGUGCCAUCUGGCUGAUGCUGCUGCUGGGCACAGUACACUGUCAGAUCGUCUCCACCCGCACACCCAAACCAGCACCCAAUGGCACUGGCAAGAGGAGAAGGAAGUUAAGGAAGGCAGCUCACUUGGAGGUGCAUAGGGAAGGCGAUGGCUCUAGCACUACCGAUAACACACAGGAGGGGGCGCUGCACUCCUCCGGCUCCGCCGCCACUCACAGCCUUGGCGCUUUCUUCAGAGAUUUCUGGCAUAAUGUCUUUAAAUCGGGGUCAAAGAAAUCCAAGCUGUCCAUUGAUAAGUCCACGGAGACAGACAACGGCUACGUGUCUCUGGAUGGCCGCGUCACCAGUAAGAGCAGCGAAGAGGGGCUGCAGCUGCACGAUCCGCACUGUGAGCUGCUGCGCUCCGAGGAGCCAUGCUGGAGCAGCCCACAGCCCAGGAACAACCUGAUACUGCCACCUCUCACCAAGUGUAUGCAGGACGUGCCAGUUCUGCGCAGUGUGGAGAACAUGUCAGACGAAGCAUCAAGUGAAGAAGACCCAGAGAACUACAGCACCCUCCGCAGGGGCAUGGAGCGUAUGAACAGCGAAUGCACCCUGCGUAACAGAAAAACCCACCACUACAAAAAACACUAUACAGCAGAGGAGACGCCCAAGUCUGGCACCAGCUGUAGCUCCCGCUGCUCCAGUCUGCGCACACAGGACUCUGAGAGCACUCGGCACGAGUCAGAGACAGAAGAUGUGCUCUGGGAGGAUUUCCUGCACUGCGCCGAGUGCCGCUCCUCCUGCACCAGUGAGACAGAGGGGGAAGGGUCUGCUGUCUGCCCUGCCUCCAAAAAGGAGUACCGGGAUGACCCCUUCCACCAGGGUCAUGCCCCAUGGCUGCAUAGCUCAAACCCGGGGCUGGAGCGCGUGAGCGCCAUCGUGUGGGAGGGAAAUGAGUGCAAGAAGGCAGACAUGUCAGUGCUGGAGAUCAGCGGCAUGAUCAUGAAUAGAGUGAAUCUGUACACUCCUGGCAUUGGGUACCAGAUCUUUGGCAAUCUGGUGGCUGUGACUCUGGGCCUCACACCCUUCGCAUAUAGACUUUUCCAGUAUAAAGACCUGGAUCAACUGGCCUCUCUCUCAGCCAGUGAGAUGAUCUCUGUUGCCUUUGGCUCCUCUUCUAACAUCCUGGUGAUUGCCAUGGUGACGGUGAGCCUUGUGGUGCGUGUCUGCCUCAUCUGGCUCUUCUUCUUUCUGCUCAGCGUGGCAGAGAGGACGUACAAGCAGAGGCUGCUUUUUGCUAAGCUCUUUGGUCACCUGACCUCAGCCCGGAGGGCCAGGAAGUCUGAGGUGCCUCAUUUCCGCCUGAAGAAAGUGCAGAACAUUAAAAUGUGGCUUUCUCUGCGCUCCUACUUGAAGAGGCGUGGUCCUCAGCGUUCAGUGGAUGUAAUCGUCUCAUCUGCCUUCCUCCUCACUCUCUCAGUGGUCUUCAUCUGCUGUGCCCAGUUGCUCCACGUGCACGAGACGUUUCUGGAGUUUCACUAUAACUGGGAGCUGGUGAUUUGGUGCUUGUCUCUCUCUCUCUUCCUGCUGCGCUUCGUCACUCUGGGCUCCGAGACUAGCAAAAAGUACAGCAACACCUCCAUUCUACUGACCGAACAGAUCAAUCUGUACUUGAAAAUGGAGAAGAAACCAAACAAGAAAGAAGAGCUGACACUGGUCAACAAUGUUCUCAAGCUGGCCACCAAACUGCUGAAGGAGUUGGAUACUCCGUUCAGAUUAUACGGCCUUACCAUGAACCCCCUCCUGUAUAAUAUCACACAGGUGGUCAUCCUGUCUGCAGUGUCAGGAGUCAUAAGUGACCUGUUGGGCUUCAAUGUGAAGCUUUGGAAGAUCAAGUCAUGACAAUGAACUGACUACAGUCUCCAGCCUCCUCAGAGUGGACAACACACAGUUUGACCACAGGAGGGCGCUGAAUCCCCCUUUAUGAGGGGCCGCCUGACAAAGAACUUUUGGCCCUUUUCCCUCUGACAUAUCAGAGUUUCUUAUAUUUUACUUGUGCAAUUCAGAUAUUUAUUUUACCCUCUCAGUGUUUUUUGAGUUCUCACAUGUGUUUAGCUGUUUUAAUUGUUUUAAAGUAUUAUUUUUAGCUCUUGGAAUUUCAUUGUUACAGGAACAGGAUUUUCACAGAGGGAGAAAAGUCCUGAUUUAGGGCUGUGUUAUAUGCACAGUGGUAUGCAGGUGUACAGAAAAAAAAACAAAAUAUUUAUUAAGAAACUCUGAACGUGAGCAUGACGGCAUGAUCCGAGAGCAGAGACGGUCUCGAUGUUGAAGAGUCGAGGCUGGCAAUAAGGAGUUUAGUUACUUGUUGAGGCCAGACUGGCUACCAUUAUAGGUCACUCAUAGCAACAGUCCUCUAAUUUUAUGAGCAAUUAAGCAUCAUGGGAGGCAUCAUUUGAUGAGCUUAUUUGGGAAGCGGAGUGUUUGGAAGCACUGAACAUACAGGUGAAACUGACACAUGCACACACACACACAGCCUCAGUGGGAGCUGAGAUGGCCUCAGGGUGUGUGGGAGUGUGUGAGUGUGUGUCUGAAACGAAGCUCCUUUCACUGUUUGCUCUGUGUGUUAUGACCUGUAACAUGCUGUUUCCACAACGUUCUUCAUUUUAUUGAGGUUGAAUCGCCUUGUUCACAUCUGUUCUUCGUGUGCUGUUGGGCCACCCAAUGCUUUUGACUUUUGUCACAUUUGUUUUAGUGCUGGUCUCACUCUGUGUGUUUGUGAGAUUUGAGGAGAGCAGGACUGGGGCCUUGAGAAGUUCUUAGAAAAGCAAAAAAAGAAAAAUAGUUCUGUGUUUAUAGCCCAAAUGUGGUCGCUAGUUACAAUGAGAGAAACUCUGUCAUUCUGAUGUGACUUUUAUUAUAGUUCGUCAGUUUAUGAAUGUCAGCUGUUUACGCUAUUAAGACUCGCGUCCACUCCGUCUGUUUGAGCUACAGUGUGUGGAGGACUGUAUUUAGAGGCCUGUGUGUGUGUGUGUGUGUGUGUGUGUGUGUGUGUGUGUGGUGUGUUUGUGUUCUCUCAAAGACACAGUGUGUGUUUGUGCCCAGUCUCAGUCAGAAAUGCCUCAAAAUGUGCACUUUAAAGCAAAGAAAUUGUUACUCCUUGUCCAAAAGGUGGUCAGAAGAAGAGCCUUGAAGAUGUUUUCUGUUUUUGUACUUCUGCAUGGGACAGUCAGUGAAGAUGACCAAAGUGCUUUUUUUCUGUCUGCUGGAGAAGAAUGUAUUAGUUCUUGCUUUAAGUGUUAGUUUCUCAAAGUUCUUUUGAAAGGGCAGUGGAUGCCUUUUCCUUUAUACCUUUUUUUUCUGCAUUGUGUUGUUCCUGUACUUUGUUUGGUUUUUGUUAUUAAAGUCACUCAUAGUUCGCUGA